AUGAUCAAUGCAUCGUUGGACCAAGACUGGCGUCAAAGAGUUGGACUGUUUUACAAAAAAUCAUCGAGAAAGGUUUACGUUCAACUAAGAGCUGACACGGGGCUGCUGAUACCGUGCAACUUGGCCAGGAUGCUUGGAUUUGACAGGGAAUGUCAUCUGUUAGAAUCCACGGAGAGCCCUAUGCCCGUGGAUCCUCACAGGGGUGGGACAUUGCCCGUUUUCCGCGGGGCACCUAUUCAACGCGGUCACGGUCUAGGGAGUUUGGUGAAAGGACUUUUUCGAUCUGCGGCGCCUCUCCUCAAAAAAGGCGCUAUGGCUCUGGGGAAGGAGGCGAUGGAAACGGGGUUUAAUAUCGCCAAGGACAUGAGUAUCUUAAAAGGACCCUGGGUGGAAUACCACCCCGUGAGCAAUAUCACGGAUUCAGCCCCUAUUGAGUUCAAUGUAGCCGGCACGGCUGAGGAAUACGUCGACCUAUCGCAAACCAUGUUAGCGGUGACUGCGAAAAUCACGAACCCCGACAAUACAAACCUUGCACAAGAGGCUCCCGUUGGACCCGUCAACCUCUUUCUCCCGUCGCUUUUCAGUCAAGUCGAUGUCAUGUUGAACGAGAAACUCGUGUCUCAACCUUCAAAUACGUAUCCCUACCGGGCAAUGCUUGAAAGCAUAAUGCAUUAUGGGAAGGAAACAAAAGAUUCUCAACUCACGCAACAACUCUAUUAUAAAGAUGCAGCGGGGAAAAUGGACCUUCUAAACCCUCUCUUAGCCGGAGAAAAUGUCAACGAGGGAUUGAAAAAAAGACAUGAAUUUAUCGUCGACAGUAAAGUACUUUCCAUGCUCGGGCCUAUCUACGGCGAUCUUUUCUUUCAAGAAAGACUGCUUCUUCCGGGGGUGGAUCUAAAACUCAAACUGAACCGUAGCAAAGAUGCCUUCUGUCUACUUUCCUCAAAUGCCGAAGGAAAUUACAAAGUCAAGAUUUUAUCUGCUGCCCUCUAUGUUAGGAGGGUGAAAACGAACCCGUCCGUCAUGUUAAACCAUGCUAAGAUGUUGGAGAAAGCGAAUGCCAAAUACCCCCUUAAUAAAGUAGAUGUGCGGUCCUUCACGAUUCCCGCUGGAAACAUGUCUUUUAAUAAAGACAAUCUCUUCCUAGGACAUCUCCCUAACCGUAUCGUCGUAGGAUUUGUGGAUAAUGACGCCUACAAUGGAACGUACGGGAAGAAUCCAUACAACUUUAAAAAUCUACUGUUGAAUUACGUCGGUGUGACCGUGGACGGUGAAAGCAUCCCUAUGAAACCCCUACGCCCCAAUUUUCGAGAGGGUCCUGGCCAGGACUUCAUUCACGCGUACAACUCGUUGUUCAUGGGUUCCAACCGUCUUUUUCAGGACAAGGGCAUCGAUGUAAAUAGAGAGGAGUAUGCAAGGGGGUACACACUCUUUGCAUUUGACCUUACACCCGAUCUGUCGGAUGGCUGUCAUCUUAAUCUCGUCAAACAGGGAAACCUACGUUUAGAGCUGCAGUUUGAUAAUCCCCUCCCGAACACUGUAAAUUGCCUCGUCUAUUCGGAAUCACAGGGACUGAUUCAAAUCGACAGAAGUAGGAACGUUGUCUACGACUACCAGGGAUAA